AUGUCUGCGCAGGCAAAUAUGGCCGGGCUAUUUCCGCCUUCAAAAUCGGAGAUGUGGGAAGACAAUUUGCCUUGGCAGCCAGUCCCUGUCCAUUCUGUUCCGAGGGCUAUCGACAAGGAACUCUAUGAAGAUAUCAGUUGCCCAACCGCGAACGAAGAGUUCUCGACGUUAUGGCGUUCCGAAGUGGUGAAGCGUAUGGAGAUUGAGAACGAGGAUUUCAUUGAGUUUCUCAAAGAAAAGACGAAGAAUUCCUAA